UGUGUCUCUCGUCCAAUCGGCACUCAGAUGAGGGCUGCUGGCCGCUGAUUGGUCACAAAGAAGGAAGAUGCGACGUCCGUGGAGAAUCGAUUGAGGACUUUUCAAACCGUCCUGCUAAUGUGAUUGAUAAUCCACAUUUUUAUGCCUCGACACGUCGCGGUGUGAAGCGUAACCUGCCUGGAUUAUUGGCCGCGGGACGCUGACGGUGAUUUUUCUUCCUCAUUUCUUUGGUUUUAUGUAGUUUGUUCUGUGGGGUCGUUUGAUGUUAUGUCGGCCCGUUGCGCUGUUUUGGGUGAAGUCACUCCCCACACAAUGUAGCUUCGGGUUGUUACGCCAUAAGUGUCGUGACUAAAGGUGUUGCUGUGUGAACAAUGCACAAGCAAUGUCUGAUGUUGAGGCCACAUACGCAGACUUCAUCGCCUCUGGCAGGACGGGACGCAGGAACGCCAUGCAUGACAUCCUGCAGAGUCCCACCGACCCCGAGGGGCGAGAGCUGCCCCUCACCCUGUCUCUGUCCCAGCUGCACAUCAACACAGGAGGGGGAGAUGGAGACGACAUUGAGGACAGCCAGAUCUCCUCCGCUUCAUCCCAGAGGGAAGCAGAGCAGAGGAACAGCUAACCUACCACACACUGCUGCCAGCAAACAGAGAGCUGCAGGAUGGAAUCCAGGCGUCAUCAUGAUGAAUCUGUUUUUCCAGUGCGGGUUGGUAGCUGGAGGGUAGUACCAUCACUGCUGAUAUGGCUUUUAAAUGGAGCAAUGACCCCCAAAAUUCACUGUAGAGGUGCUGCAUUGUGAUCACUCAGUGCUCUUUGAGGCUCUGCUGUGAAGGAGAAUUCCUAGGGUGCUUUUUAGACUUGGAGAACACAGAAUGAGAGAUUUUUUUUUUAGUUCUUUUCAAGGUGAUUUUAUUUGUCCUUUAUUUUAAAUUCACAUACUGAAAGAGUGAGUAGGGGAUAGAAAGGUUCCCUAUGUGAGUUUUGUAGUAGUGCAAACAAUUUGCAAGACCACUGAGACAAGCUGAUGUGAUGGGUCACAGUGGGAGUAGCAUGUUUGUAGAGAUAGUGUUGCUGAUAGACUGUAUUGCCAGUUAAUGGCUCGUGCUUCCUUUGAAAUGGCAAUGCUACAGAUGUAUCUGGACUCAGUUGUAGUGGAAAAAAACAAACACUGACUCAUAAUAAGCUGCAUAUACUGUAUACUGAUGUGUGAUUACUGACUUUUAUACUAUUAAAAGCUGCAGGUUUUAGCAUUGUAGCAAGGUGUGAAAUUUCACUUGUUAGUGGUUUAUGGUGUAGGGUUCUUCAAGAUGUUUGUAUUUCUUUUUAAUUUUUUAACAAUGCCAUUAUAAUCACAACUGUUUAGGAGUAGUUUGUCAGGUUUGUAAAUACAUUUAUUCCAACUUAUGUCGAGAGUUAGAUGAGAGGAAGUGUCUUUAUUUGUAUCUGGGGCUCACUUGUUCUCUGUUUUAUUUAGAUGUAACAAACUCCUCCUGUGCUCACGUCAAAAGAUCAUCAGUUAACAUUACAGUUCUUCUGUCCACAUACAUUAAGUAAAAAAGUGAAUAUAACCCAGAUAUGGGUGCACCAGUGAGCACAGCAUCUAAAUGUCAAAUCAUAAAAUGUACUUAUCUUUACAGGAACUGCAAUAGUUUGAGGUUAAUACGUACAGGUUUUUUUUGUUCUUAUUCAUUAAACAUUAAACAUGCCUUUGACAAAGAAGCUUAAUGCUACAAAAUCAAUACAGUUAUAAUCACUGGCUCAAAAUUUAGAGAAUAUGCAAACAAUAAAGCCAAAUCAAGAAAGCUGUGAUUUUCUUCCUUUUUUUUUUUUUUUUUUUUUUUUUUGUCCACCUUAGUAAAUAGAGCCAGUU